AGUAAUAACAAGAACAAGGAACAGGAAGGUGCCUCUAUGUUCUUGAUCUUGAUUUUACAGGAGGCUCAGGAUUCCUCCCCAGCCAGGCCUUUCCAUCGGCACUCCUGUAAGGAAAAAAAGAACAACAACAGAAAACGGCAUACAGAGUCAUACAGCAUCUAUCACACCACUAGUUCUUACAUCUAGCACGCCACAUUUUCUUCAGGAACUCUUUCACAGCCUCAAUCAUCCUUUCAUUCGUCUUCCCACACUGCACCGAGGCGUGCAGCGCGGCACCAAGAUCAAGGUACGGCUGGCUGACUGGCUGGCUGUCACUUACCUCGUGUGCCGCCCUUCUCCAGCGGCCCCUAUGUACUCCCUUUAGCAAAAGAAGGGAACACAAAUGGCAGAGAGCAAGAGUGGGGGGGAGGAGUGCCCAGAAUCUCCCACCACAACAGAAGCCUCCAACAAUUCAGAUGCAACAGACACAGAACGAGAAUGGGCCCAGGCGGCACAGACUCAGUUCACUAAGGGGAACUAUGUGGCUGCCCUUACACUACUCUCCUACCUCCAGGGCACCAGACCAAAGGACCCAAAGGUCCUGAUGAACAAAGCUGUUGUAGAAUACUAUAAGAGUGACCUAAAGAAAACAGAAACAUUUCGUAAGCAGCUGGCAGACAUCUGUACACAAUGUGGGAUCAAAAUUGAUGCAGUGGGUACAGGGGAUGAGGUAGAGAGGAGUGUGAUUCGCUUCAAUCACUGUGUGGUGUUGUAUCACCUCCAUCAGUACUGUGCUGCCCUUGCCCUCCUGGAGAAGAUGUACACUGGCCUGGAGUCCUUAGAGGAAAGUGUUGGUAUAGGUGUGUGUCUAUUGAUGGCUGAGUGUCACCUGGGGACAUAUCACCCAGAGCGAGCCCUUACCAUCAUUACCCACACAGAGACCACUUUCCUGCCUCAGCCAUUGCCUCAUACACCCUCACAUAAGCAACCUCCAUCACAGGAAAAGGAAAACAAAUCUCCAGAAAAAAUCAGUGUUUCUGGUGGGACUGGAAGUAGCAGUAGUAGCAGCAGUAGUAGCAGCAGUAGUAGCAGCAGUAGCAGUACCACAAGCACAGCAGCUGAUGAAAUUCGAUGUAGUGCCACUCAGGAACAGUUACGAGGAAAGCUUCAGCAGCUGCGUGUGCGGGCGCUGCUCAUGAUGAGAGCCCUGAGGGUGGCCAAGAAGGAACUUAAAACAAUAGUAACUCAUGCAGUCACUGCUGGCAACUCUUUGAAUGUGACCCUCAUAAGCCUCAAGAGUCAGCUUGAAUACUUGAAAGGCAACUUUCGGAAAGCCAUUAAAGUUCUUAAUCAGUGUGCAGCAAUACCUCCUCCUAGUCCGUCAUAUGGUCCUAGUCUCGGUGUCAUGUACUAUAACAACCUGGGAGUUAUUCACCUGGGCAUGGGUAAGCCAACAGUAGCUUGCCUUUACUUGCAGAAGGCUCUCCAAGAAACUCAGAUUGGAGAGGAAUCAAAUUCAUCAGCACAUUCAGAGGUGCUGUCACACCAACCACUGUAUCAGUUGAGCAGCAAUGUUCAGCCUGAGCUUUACUACAACUUGGGUGUGACAUUGUUGCACAUGAACAAACCUGACAAGGCCUUUGACUUCUUACUGGAGGUGCUGCAGGUGCAUCCCAUGAAUCCCCGGUUGUGGCUGCGGCUAGCUGAAUGCUGCAUCACUGUACAUAAGCUGUUACACUCAAGACAACUACAUGUAACUACAUGUGACACCCAAGAGGCAUUAGAGAUGGGCUUGAAGGAAGACCAAAGCUCCAAGAGGUCCAUUAUUCAGGGGACAGUUGGUGUUGGGAUGCAUCGCAAGAUCUGCCUCACUACACGCAUCACUGACCACAACAAGAAAAAGAGUGAGAUGCAUCCUGAGUCAGAUGCAGCUUUCCCGGAGCCCACCCUAGAGUUUGCGCGCCUGUGCCUCCGCAAUGCCCUUACCAUCCUUCCUGAGAAUGUCUCCACCACCUCACUUACAGAUGAGCAGGAAGUCUCAGGAGUGAUGCCAGAGCUCUACCCUGCUGGGCCUUCCUCUCCCCUGCGUGGUGUUGAGGUUGUGAGCCUGAGGGUGUCGGCACUGGCCUGCAGUGCCUAUGUGGGUCUCUGCCUGUCAGACUUCUCUGCAGCCCUUCGGCAUGCAGAACUCCUACUGGUUGCUCAUCCCAAAAUACCAGAUGUAUAUAAACUAUUGGGCCAUCUCUAUGCUGGGGAAGCCCUCAUCUCCCUGGGGAAGGUAACUGAGGCUAUACAACACCUAGAUCCCAGGGUAGUAGGGGAGGUCUCCCUCUCACCCCCAGCUCAGGAAGCCUCCAACACACUCCCAGCUUCCACCCCUUCCCAAGGUUGGCUCAACACCACUGCUACCACUGCCAUGCAGGUGAUGCGGUACAACUUGAGUGUAGCAUAUGCCCUGCGUGGUGAGUGGGAGAAAGCAAAUAACCUGCUGAAAGAGGUUUGGACUGAAAGCAAUGGAAAUAUGCCAGCACAGGUCAUCAUGCUGGCCAUGUAUAUCAAUCUACAGAUGGGUCAUGUUGAUAUAAUGAAGAACAUUGUUAAGAAUAACAUAUUAUUAACAUGAGAGCUGGUUGCUGACUAUGUUGCUCACAAUGUAACUAGAGGAAAUUCCUAUUAAUAUAAUAUAUAAACUUAUUCCUAUUAGAGUAAGUGCAGACAUGUCUUAAUUUAUGGAGAGUCUGUGUUCCAAAUGCCUUUUGCAAUUUCAAUUUUUGUGAUGUUAAUGAUGUUUUCUUAGAAGUUGUCAGCAAUAUAUUAUGAGCUUGUGUGGUGUGACUGCAUUUACUGUAUGCCAGGAUGAUCCUGACUAUAUUUUGUGACCAAGGGACAGCAACUACACUUGUAGUAUGUAAGUGUGAGCAUCCACAAGCAGUAAUGGACUGGCAUGUGCAAGGUAAUUUGAUGAUUAUUUAUGGAAAUGGGUAAUUGUUGCAGUUAGAUUGAGUUGCUUAGGCAGCAUGUUCAGUAAUAUCUCUCUCUCUCUCUCUCUCUCUCUCUCUCUCUCUCUCUCUCUCUCUCUCUCUCUCUCUCUCUCUCUCUCUCUCUCUCUCUCUCUCUCUCUCUCUCUCUCUCUCUCUCUCUCUCUCUAUGAAAAUAAUGAAGAAACAUAAUUUAAAAUGCUUGAAGAAUAGAAUAUUCUAGUAAAGAAUAUUAAAUCAUGUAGACUAAUGAAAAAAAAAAAUCAAGGAGUCUUUUAAGAUGGGAAACUCCAACCUACAAUCCCUGGCCAGACAAGAAAGGGUGUUGUAUAGAUGGCUGUUCACUUUUCAUCUCUCCAUUUUCUACUAGAGUCACUUGUGGAGCUAGGAGUGGCAGGUGAGGAAUUUAGGUUUAGUUACACCAGUUUGAGCUUAGCUUUACUAUUAAGAUGUGAAAUAGAAGAGUGCCUAGUGAACUAAGUGGAUAGCCAUUAUAGCAGUAACUAAAGAACAUUUACCACAUUAGUGAUUUUAUAGUAUAACUUUAAAUUUGUGUUUGAAGCUGUAUAUGUAAUGCUUUGUUGUGAAAUAUUGAGGAAUUUGAUCCAAAGAAUAGCCUUGAGAGAGAGAGAGAGAGAGAGAGAGAGAGAGAGAGAGAGAGAGAGAGAGAGAGAGAGAGAGAGAGAGAGAGAGAGAGAGAAUGGUUAGGGAUCAAACCUCCUGACUUUCAGCAUAAAUAAUCCCAACUCAUUACCUAUUUUGCAAAUAAUCCCAACUCGUUACCUAUUUUGCUGUAAGUAAUUGCCAUGGCCCAAGUGGAUACUAACUGUGUCAAAAAGAGAUGGAUACUAACUGUGUCAAAAAGAGAUUUGAUAUAAUUCUUGUAAGAAAUGGAGAGGACAUAAAAUAGAAGGCUACAGUACAUUAUAUAAGCUACCUCUUUAUGAAUUAGGGAAGAAAAUAGUACAUGGAAAAAAAUAAUCAGAAUAUUUCUGAAAGUUGCCACUUAGGUGGUGUUUGUGUUGACAUUUCUGCCUCCUUCCACAAGUUAGAAUUCAAAGGUAGAGUCAAUUAAGACAUUUUGGGUUGUUAAUAAGUUUGAAAUUUACACAUUGCAUGUUAAGUACUAGAAUAAAGGGAGAUCUUUUCUGAGAUGAGGCUGAACUACUUUCUUGUAUUACUGAGGCACAGCAGACAACAGGAGAAUCACUGAUGAGUUUGCAAUGUGCUCUCUUUCCAGUUUAUAUAAGCUACCUCCUUAUGAUGGUCUUUUGAUCUAGCAGCAGGUAUCUUGUUACUUGCUGUUACUAUGUUUUAGGAACAUUGUAUAUUGCUUUUCCUAAACCAUAGAGAAAUCCAUCCACAGUAUGUAAUUAUCUAAUUUUAAUUACCUAAUUGUGAUAUACUGGAAGUGAAUUACACUUGUGGGAUCCUGUUUUGGCAUCUCAUUUGAUUGAUCUUUGCGUAAGAAUUAUUCAUAUUUUUGGCUUUGGUCAUGUCACUUUCCAGACCAUUCCAUCUAUCAAUACAUCUACACUUCUGGAAAAUUAAACUCUUUAAAAUGUCUUUUAUGGAUCUUGAUUUUAUCAGUUUCAUUCCAUGUUCUCUUGUAUUUCUCUAUCACUCAGGAACAUAUCUUCAUAGUCAAUAUGAUUCAUUCCAGUCAAUCCCUUGUAUAAUGCUGUCAUAUCUCCUCUUUACCUUCUCUCUUCCAGCAAUCUCAAAUCCAGUUUCUACACUUUUUCUUCAUGUCAUACCUGCCAGAUUAGGGAUGAUUUUUAUGGCAAUCCCUUAUAUUUUUAAAAAUUCUUCUUUUGUCUGUCUUUUAUCUGGUGACCAUAUCACUGCAGCAUAUUUAGGGUGAAUCAUACUUAUUAUUAUAUUUUCAUAUCAUCCAUGCAGCACCAACUGUCUUACUUGUGUUUCUGUAAUUGUAGGUCAUCCUAAAUUAUUAUUGCAAGAUCUUUCUUGUUAUUGGCCUCCAUAAUGAGCCCAUUUCCCAGUUUGGAUUCUUACUUUAUUCAUUUUGUUCUUUCCUUGAACUUUACAUUUUACACUUCUUUGAAUUCCAAGUCCUACUUAUGACUCCCUAGCUAUGCUAUAUUUUCUCCAAAUCCCUUUACAUCUCCCUAUAGUCCUCCCCCUCCUCCACCUUCAUUAUCUUGACAUAAUUUGCAAAUGAGCUUUAACUGUAUCAUUAAUGUAAACUAGAAACAAAAUUGUGUGCAUGUAUGUAUGCAUGUACUAUAUGGACAAUAUGUAUGUAUGUACAAAUAUAUGAAUGCAUGAAUGUAUGUAUGUUCUCAUUAAAUUUGGUCAAUGAGAACAGUUCUGUAUUUGCAUAAGAGUUCUCUCAUCAUAGUAGCAACAUUGUAGCAUGGAAUAUUGGACAUGCCAGUCCUGUCUUGUUUGAGCUCACUCUUACCUACAUGCUGUCAUUGUUGCAGUGUUCUAAACAUGUAGUUUGAUUGUAUAAAUUUGACAUAAUCUCAUCAUGUUGCUGUACUCCAAAUUCAGCUUGAUUAUCCAUGAAUUAAGAAGCAUGAAUUAAGAAAUGUCAACUAUAAAAUACAUUGAGAUUGUAACUUCUGAAGGCAGUUUUCAGGGGCUUCCUCUGAUAAGUGUACAUUACUUGUUGCUGUAAUUAACAUGGAGAAGAACUGGUAAAUAGAGUAUGUAAUAUGUAUAAAGAGGACUAUAUUUCUUCACUUGCUACCCAAGACAUGCUAUAUUGCUUGUCUCAGAAAAGCCACCUUGUGUCGGCUGAAUAAAAGAGAAAAAUUCA